UCUAAGACACACCCAACCCUACUGGUAAUUCUUUUUUCACAUCAACUGAGUCGCGUCAUCCAAAUCCUAGAAUUGCACACCACCCACAAUUCUACCACCUGCAUAUACCAAAAAUUUCGCAUCCAUACCAUUCUCGGUUUCGCGGGGAAGACCAGGGUUGAAGAAAAAAAAAAAGUACAUCUGUACUCGUGCAGAGGGAUCGACCACUUAUUAAUCGCCUUCUUCGAAUGAAUGAGGCUGCUGAGGUGGCCUGACCCAUGUCUCUCUCGGCGACAUAAUUUUACCGUUUUCUUUGGCGGGCGGGCUGCCACCGGUUUAGCGGCUCUCUGCCACUGGCAUUGGCACUAAUCGGUACAGUCAGUCAGGGCCAAAAACCAGUGAUGCCGACAUGGAUUCCGUGCUGCGUCGACAUCCCAGCAAGUCUAGCCUUUCAUCACCACCAACGCGGGCUCUAAAUUCGAAAAACAAUUCUGGUUCUCAUAUUCAUUCACGAGAUGUUGCGAUGAAACACGAUCAUAGCAGCAAAGCCUACGACAACGAUGACCGCGUCCGCGUUCGCGAACGUAGGGAUCGAGAUAGAUUUGAUUCGGACCGUCGAGGCCCGGCCAGUAAUUCUCAAUCUCGACGCUCUGCAGUAGGGCGGUCUUCGUCGCCUAUCUCUCGACGCCCGGAAGGCCCUAGUGGUGCUAAGGCUAGGGAUAAUCAUGACGAGACUCUUUCGCACCAGAAUGAUAAAUCUCGUAAGUCCGAUGUAGUUCAACGCGGACGGUCCCAAGAUCGGGGGAGGGCUCUUGAGGACGAUGGUUCGCGCGACGUCAAAGAUCGCCCCUUACGAGAUGGACACGCCGAUAAGUUUGACCAGGACAAACCUCGCGGCAUACCUACAUCACCUAGACACGGCCCUAGAAAUAAUCAUCACGCGAGUCACGGUGCAAGAAAUCGAUCUUUUUCGCCAUCGUCGAGGAAGCGACGAAGGAGUCGGAGCCCGGUACCUUUUCCACCUCCGCGUCACCACAAGAAAUCCAGACGCGAACGUGAACGAGACCGUCGACGUCGGGCGGAACGAGCAGAAAGGGCAGAGAGGGAUCCAAUAAAAAAACCUAUUCCGCCAUCUUCCCGCAGGCGGUCUCUCUCUCCCGCCCAGGACGAUUCUCGCACACAACAACCCGACCGAAGCGAUCCUACUGAGCCACCUCGAAAUCGCUAUCGCAGUCGUUCCCCACUUCGUGAAGGUGAUACCGAACGAGAUAUUGACCCUAUUGACGUAUCUCAGCCACGUGAAAAUUCGCAAACUCGAGGCCGUAGUCAUUCGCCCGUAUCCGAUUCUCGACGAUCAUCUAUCUCCCGCGCCCAUUCAUCUCCUCGUCCACCUAGUCGACCACAACCUGCCUCAUCGGAAGCCGGCUCACGUUCACAUCGGUCAACACCCGCCUUCGAACCUCCCAAACUUGAUUUACCGCCUCGUUCACCGAGAGAACGUGGGUCUCGUCGCUCGCGUAAAAAAGGCAAACAUCGUGAAGAUAUGAGGUUCCCCCUAGGAGGUCAAUUGGCAUCUGGCGCGAACAGCAUCGAAGUCAACUUAUCAAGGCGGUUGGAGAGCCGAAAUGCAUCCGGCUCCCAAUUGCCGCCUACUCGUCCUAGUAGUUUUAAUGAUCGUCGGCCUGCUCGUUCACCUCCUCGCCCCCAUUCCGCCUCAUCAUUUCACGGAUCUCCCAGGUCGCAAUCACCUCACGGCGGUGCUCGAGGAGCACGUAACAGCCAACGCCAAAAUUCACCCCAUAAGUAUUACCACCCAAAGUUCUCUAAGCCAAAACCGUAUUCUUACAAUCAAUCUAGCCAGCGCCCUCCUCAACAUCCCCAAAGCGGCCAUGGCCCCCCCACCGGUCCCGCGGCACAUCACGCUUCAAAUCAAUCGCCACCACACCCGCCUACCGGUCCUAUGGCCCAUGGUCGUAACUUCUCUAGGGGAGGCUUCCGAGGUAGUUCACAGCAUACACGAGGUGGCUAUCGCAGUAUAAUAGGGACGCAGAAUGCACAACGGUCAUCAGUUGCUGGCAGGGGUGCCUCUGGUCAUUCAGGGGAAAAUACACCCCGACUUCACAGUCCACAGCAUGUUGCUUCGGGUCAUCCGGAAUCUGCAGAGUCGAGAGAAACAAGAGAUGACGAUGAUGAUACAUCUCGGGAACCCAACAAUAUUCACGAUGAAGACCUGUCGCCACCGAAGGAUGCCAAUGAACAGAUGCCACCACCCGGUCCCCCCCCUACGGCCCCUACUGGCCCUGCAAAUUCCAAGUUUAGUUUCGCGUUCAAGGCAACAAACAAGGCCCCUGUCGCAACCCCUAAACCAGAAAUUUCGCAGAAAUUCAACACAGCCCCUAAAAAAGAACCGGUCCCAUCCGUUGACGAUAGGGAUCGGGAUCGAGAGCGUGAGCGUGAGCGUGAUUGGGAUAGAGAUAGGGAUAGGGAUAGAAACAGGGACAGAGAACAUAGGGAUAGGGAGCGUAGGGAACGGAAGGAGCGGGAGAGGGAACGUGAACGAGAGCGAGAUCGACACCGAGACCUACCGCGAGAUACUCCAAGGGGACCGGCUUCCGCCAGGGCGGGGCCAGAUUAUCACGCCAACCGAGCCGCUCCUGAACCUCCUAAGACACGAAAGGUUAAGAGGAUACAACGAAGGCUGAAGCCAAAGCCUGAACUAUCACCUGAUAUGGCUGCAUCGGACUCAGUAUUCUUCAGAAGACCCGGUAAUGAGUCGGUUGUGGGCUCCGGGACAUACGGCAAAGUCUUCAAGGGCGUUCACGUAUAUACCAAGAAGCUCGUCGCUUUAAAGAAGAUACGUAUGGAAGGGGAAAGAGAUGGCUUCCCGGUUACCGCCGUGCGAGAAAUCAAACUUCUUCAAUCACUGAAGCACCCCAACAUUGUCAACCUACAAGAAGUAAUGGUUGAGAAGAACGACUGUUUCAUGGUUUUCGAAUAUCUGUCCCAUGACCUUACUGGUUUACUCAACCAUCCAUCGUAUAAGCUUGAUGCAGCACAGAAGAAGCACCUCGCACUACAGAUAUUCGAAGGCCUAGAUUAUCUGCACAAGCGAGGUGUACUACACCGCGACAUCAAAGCAGCGAAUAUCUUAGUCAGCAGUGAUGGGGUCCUCAAGUUGGCCGACUUUGGCUUGGCUCGUUUUUACGCAAAACGUCACCAACUCGAUUAUACAAAUCGUGUCAUUACAAUCUGGUACAGAUCCCCUGAGCUGUUGCUAGGCGAGACGCAGUAUAGUACUGCCGUGGAUAUCUGGAGUGCGGCUUGUGUCAUGGUAGAAAUCUUCACACGUCAUGCCAUCUUUCCAGGUGAUGGCGGUGAGAUUAACCAAUUAGAACGGAUUUACGCUAUUCUUGGUACACCGAAUCGAGUCGAUUGGCCAGGUCUCGUCGACAUGCCCUGGUUCGAAUUACUACGACCCGGUUAUCGCCGAUCGGACGUUUUCGCCGACAAGUACAAAGAACGAGUGCCAGAAGCUGCUUUUGACCUGCUUGCUUGGAUGUUUAAAUACGACCCAGUUAAGCGACCUUCCGCAGCUGAAGUCCUAGAACAUGCCUACUUUACGAAGGAGUAUCCGCCAGCAAGACAGGCAAUUGAACUUCAAGAACUUGAGGGCGAGUGGCAUGAGUUCGAGUCCAAGGCUUUACGCCGAGAAAAAGAGAAACAGGAUCGAGAAGCACGACGCGCUGCCGCCGCCAAAGAAGCUAACGAUCGCGAGAAGGACAGGAAAAGGCCAUCGUCGGCGCACGACUCCCAACGAGAGAGUAAACGACCGCAUGUCGACGGCCGACCGCCUACAUUAGGUCGCUCUAAUGACAUUCAGUCCGGCGAGCCUGUAACGAGUGAAGCAGCAGAGUAGGGCGCACUGCAAACUCGGGGACGUAUUCGAUGGCUGGGCGCUAAACGUGGAUCCGUGCGUAAGCUGGGAAACCUCUGAAGAGGGAUAAUGGAUUAUUAUAUAUGUAUUGAUAAAAGGCAAAUGGCAAGGGAGCGUGGUUUUAUGAAGCCUAGUCAGGCACGCAGGCACGCAAGUACUCUA